AAUUUGGACAUGGACAAGUUGCGGUAAAUCCAACAUUUAUUAUUCUCAUCUUGUGUUGAUCAACUAAUAGCUGACUCGACUCAGGCGCAAGACGUGCCCAUGAGCCCUGUGACUGUGACGUGAGGCUCUAGCCGAUGACGACAACCCAUUAUUAUCCAAUCCACUCCCUGUCGCCCAUCCCAUCACGAGGUCGUUGGUGGUGACCUCUUCCGUCUCUGUCUCUAUCUGUUUACUGUACCUUUUCCCUCUCAUCCCGUCGCCGUUGGAAUGUCAUUCCGGCUCUGACAAAACACAAUCAAACUUGCUUCUAUUUCAGAGUUGGGCCUGCUGCAGCAACCCGCGACCUAUCGUCUUGUUUUAUCUCUAUUUGCGGACACAAACAAGUACCUUGCCUUGCACAAGCAAACCGCAGUACCUGUACCAUCUCUGGGCUCUUGUUAGUGCGACUGGAUUGGCCUGUACUGUACAGUGUUAGACCCUCUUCUCUCACACCUCACUUCAGACCUAUUACAACGACAACGACCCUGGACUGGGAGUUGCGUUUGGCUGCCUGCAUCUGCGUCUGCAUCUCACCGACCGACAGCAAGGAGAUACCUGGGCUUGGACCUGGACCUGGGCCUGAGCUUUCUGCCUUUUGCUUUUCUUUCUUCUUUUUUACACUUUUGCCUACACUUUUACCUCCACACUCCCCCGACCCAAGCACCGCCGACUACCGAUCCAUCAACUCCUCCGUUCUCCGUUCACCCUUAUCGACUUGAACUGCCUCGAACGACAUGAACUAUGGAUGAGCAGGUCUCGUGGCCGAUCAAGAUCCCUAUACGUUCGUGAUCAAUUCAUCCAUCAACCAACAAUUACGACCGUACCCUCUUCCUUGCGCACACGACACGAUACGAUAUACGAUAACCGAUAACGAUGCAUCAACAACCCCGUGGCCCAGCCCGGGUGUCAUCCCCAGGUGCAACGCACCAUCCAACCAUUCCAUCUCGAUCCAACAGCACCAGAGAAGCUGCAUUGGGAUCCCGACCUCGAGCUGGCUCUAAUGUUGCUGGUAGAGACACACCAAGCUCGCCAACUAUUGGAGAUAUGCCGACACCGGCGCCUCCAGCCGACUCGAUCAAGAAGCUCGAUCAAAUAGUACAGAACUUCUAUGCAAAGGCAGCCGUACUCGUCCUCGACUCACGCAUCAAAUCCAAGCCUGCGCGCGGGGCCAACGGUGGGCGGAAACCCAACAAAUGGGUAGGUUUGCAGCCUGUUUGCACACUCAGUCGCUAAUAUUGGGGUAGUUCCAAAUAGAGACGGAUGAGAUUGAUGACUUUCGAGAUGAGCUCAAGAUCUGGAAGACUUGCGGUAGCUUCGAUAACCCCCCUCCUCCAAUGGUCAUCGAGGUAUAUCUAGAUACCUCUCGAUUAAAAGACAGUCAGAGUCUAGUCAUCGUUGAUGAGGCUGGCAAGAGAUGGGAUGUGAUGGAACAGCUGAACUCAUCCGGUUCCUCUACCGAUAGCUCGUCUGGCGCAUCCCGGAGAAACAACGAGGUUAUCAUUGAGAGGUGGCGAGUCGAGCUCAAGUACUCAGGCGUAAUACCCACGGACUUUGGCCCGAUCCUACCCACCAUCUACAAGAAGGCCAUUGUUUUCUUCCGGUCUCUUUUCAUCACGACUCGCCUUCUUCCAGCAUGGAAGUUUGCCAGCCAAGGUCCCGCCAAGAACUCACACCCGGCGCUUAUUCCACGAUGCCGAAUACGUUUAUCUCAGUCUGAUCGCUCACGUAAUGAUCAGCUGCGUCUUCCCAUUGACGGCAGACCAGACCCCGUGACGGAGUACAUGUUUGGCGAUUUAGAGGUGCCCGUUGGACGACUAAGCACUACUGUCACCUAUCGCAAUGAUUGCAACUUCCGCGUGGAUGACUCUGAGGCUCUACUGAGUUCUCGUUUCAUGGGAGUGGACGAGAACUUUUUCCGACCUUCCAUUCCACCGCUGAAUGACCAGUCAAGAGCGCAGAUAACGGAGGCAGGGUCACUGCGUGACAACCGCUCGCGUCCAAACUUGAGUGAUAUGCAGCAGGCAUAUGGAAGUCUUUCAACGUUUCACACUAAUGUCCCAAUGGGGACCAGCCCGAUCUCGGCUUUGAGAUCGGUGCGACCACCAGGCUCCGACACAAGCUCACCCCCAGAGUCUCUGCCAGCACAGAAUAGUGUGGGUGGUCCAAGCUCUUUGCCAGUACGUCAAAGUGCAGCACGACCCCCUUUGCGAACGACCGAGGGCUCAAGCCGGCGUCCUUCAGUAUCUUUUCAGCCUUUCAAGGCGGGCUCGCUCUCGGGCUCGCCUGUCCCAAGGCAGAUUGAUCCUGAGCCGGCUUCUCCUCAAACGUCGACUCGUCCAGGUAUUCCUUCCCUUAAGCAAGCAGGAAACCGAACAUCUCUUACUGCUGGCAUGCCAGCUUCUCUGCGGGGUGGUCCUCCUCCUCCGGCAUCUACAGACCCUGCUGUUGCCAGCUCCCCGCGACCAGCAUCGACUAGUCGCUAUAGUAGCAGUUUCACACAUCGCCGUGGUCGUCUAUCUUUUGGAGGAGCCAGCAGGGCUGGUGAUGACGAGCAGGGCAGCAGUGGCAGGCAGAGUUUGGCCUCAUCGGUGGCACAGCCAGGAUCUGACCUCCUGGAUGAGGUCGCAGGAACUAGCUCAGACUCGCUCCAGAACGACCAUAAACACCUCUCAGACUUUAUCAGCGCACUGGACAGUAAAAAGACCUUGAAGAGCUUUGGUCCCUCAAAGAAAGGUGAAUCAGCAACUAACAAGACUGUGGCGCAACUAUCGCGCUUUCAUCAAAUGAGGGACUCCAAUAACGCGCUCACGGAUUCGAUGACAUCGUCUGUACAAAUGCAGAGGUCAUCGAGCUCAUCCAGUCGACAAUUGACGAGUGUGCCUGGGAUGACUGCACCAGCUUCUGUGUCUGCUUCGUCGUCUCCUGGGAAGCCACUCUCACCUCAUACACCCCACACGCCAGCAAUUCCGUCAAGAUUGAGCGAGAACUCGAUUAUUGAUUACACUGGCCAAGGACGAAUUACUUCACGUCAGGGGCGAGCAUCUGAUAAUAACCCUGCACCAGGGACGAUCAGAGAGAAUACGGUUACACAAGAUGGAACGACAGCCAUCGACAUUCCAUUGUCACCUCGGCUAGCCACGUAUGAGCGAAGGGCGAGCUCUGUUGCGCUCCACAAUCGGUCGAUGGCGGAUGAAGAUGAGCCGGACUCCGCUUUUGCGCACCGAUCUAUCAGCUUAGGUGCUGAUGAUAGAGAACCACCUACUCUAAGCAUCUUGCUGGGUAGGCAGAUGCAGCUCGAGGGAGGGUCAACUCAAAGGGGAUCGGAUGAACUCAAACCAGCUGCUGAAAUCGAGACUUCUGACACGCCAGGGAUGAUGCAGCGCGGUCUGUCAGAAGAGAACCCUCCUGAGGGGCUGAUACCGACAGCAGCGUCUAGCUCACCUUUUGGUAGAAGGCGGUAUAUGGGUAUGGCUUCACAUAAGCAGACACCGCCGCAAUCAUCGCGUGGAAGCUUUACCGGAUCUAUCACCAGACAGGUCCGGGGUGACGAUGACUCGAUUAACGAGGAGCCUCUGGUCUUUGACCUGUCAGAAAUGGAUCCGCAGGGUCGGCGAAGCAUCGAAGAAGCCCGCAGCGGCGCCCAUGGGGCAACAAAUGCUACAUCAGAUAAGGGAGGAUACGAAAGCCGUGGUGCUUCAAGACGGGGUUGGUGAGAAUGACAUAUCGGAAUAUGAAUUUUGGACACAAAUUACAUACAAGAUCUAUCUAACGGCAAAGUGAGAGCAACGACACCCCAGCUUCAUUAGAGCCACGAGUUAUGUUUCAAAGGCAGUGGAGUUGCAGGCAGGAUGGCGCAUUGGAUGCGUGAUACAGUAGAUUGCCAGGUUAUUUAUGUAUGGAUGGAUGGAAGCGGCGUAUAUGGACUUGUAUACAUUAUUCAUAGGUUGAUACGAUUCAAAGCAGCGUUGACUGUAGCGUUAGCAAGCGGCAUCCCUCUUUUUAGGCGAGCCACAGAAUAUUUACAUUAUUCAUGGGAUAUACGUGCCAAGGG